CUCCUGAGGAGAACACUGAAAACUCGACGAAGCGGAAAAUGACGCUGUCAAUGGUGGAAAAUACAAAUUCCGCGGAAAGUAUCCGGAAAUUUAUAUUUGGCCGGGAUUCUCAUCUCUGUGAGAGCGAAGAAGUCCCUGACAGUGUUGAAAUCCUCAUUCCUGAGCUACUUCAAGCUUCCUAUUCCUCUUACACUUGGCCUUGCGCCCCCAUUCUCGGACUCUUCCUCUGGCAACGCCGAGCAUCUCUUGCCAAGAAGAGAAUUCUCGAAUUGGGAUCAGGAACAUCUCUUCCUGGUAUCUUAGCGGCCAAGUGUGGUGCCCAAGUAACCCUCACAGAUCACACAAUCCUCCCCAAGACCCUUAGUCACAUCAAAAGGUGCUGCCUGCUGAAUAAUCUCACUCCCGGAGUAGACGUAGCUGUAACCGGGCUCUCGUGGGGCCUCCUCCUGAACAGUGUCUUCAACUUGGGACCCAUUGACCUGAUAAUCGGUUCAGAUAUCUUCUACGAUCCCAGCGUUUUUGAGGACAUUUUGGUGACUGUCGCCUUUCUUCUGGAACAAAAUCCAGGCGCUAAAUUCCUCUUCACCUACCAAGAAAGAAGCGCAGACUGGUCCAUCGAAGAUCUCCUGAAGAAGUGGAAUCUCAAAGCAGCCAACGUCAGCUUGAGUGGAAUCAGUGCAGGACUCGAUAUCAGCCUGAGACGCUUAAUGGGCGGUCAUACAAUUCACCUGCUAGAGAUCACGCUAAACUAACUAAAUCAAAAUAUGUCAGGAGUAUCGCUAAUCAGAAGCCUGCAUCGGGUUUUCGUGGGAAAUCUCCCUUGGACAGCUUCCGGAAAGGAUCUAAAAAUGUACUUCUCGAAAUUCGGGCAUGUCGCAUCGACUUCUGUGAUCUUUGACAAGAACACCGGACUCUCCAAGGGCUACGGCUUCGUGGAAUUCAGCACUCAGGACGGAUUGAUUGACUCCACCAACAAUCAAGUCCACUUCCUCGAAGGCAGAGUCCUCACAGUUCAAAAAGCCCGCAAUAUCGACUGAAUCUUCUUGUCCAGAAAAAAAAACCUUGAAACUCAACAAAUUCCUCCCAGUCCGACCCCAAGGAUUAUGCAACAGAAAUAGAGACGAAAAAUAUUUCGAGAUAAAACGCCAGCCACAAUUUUUCUGUGAAUAAUGUUAAAUUUAUGCCUCUACAAAUUACACAAAUAGUAAAAAUAAUUAUCAAUUAGAAAUAUACAAAAAAUUAUCGUAGUUUCAA